AUGAGCUUUGGGAUUAACAAGCCAAGCGCCGGCGAGCUCGCGUCACUCUGCGGAUCAUACGACAGGUUUGAGCGCCAAGUCCCUCGCGGCGGCGAUCCCAGGCGGCUGGAUCUUUUGCGCUCCCGGCCGCUGCCGCCGCCGCCGCCGCAGAGCCAGCAGCAAUCCUUCUCGUCCUCGCAAUCCUGGCGAGAAUCUCAGGUCACGGCCAGGGAUCUGGUCCCUCGGCCACUCCCAAUCUGUAGCCGAUCGGACGAUGUGAUCGAGGAACGGCUGGCUGCUCUGGAAAAUCUCGUGGCCGGGGUUGCGGAGAGCGUCAGCUCCAUGCGAAAGUCUCUGGACGAUCAAAAUCGCGAGGUCUCUUUCAUGUUGAAAGAGGAGGAAGGCACCAUCAAACGAGUGGUCGAUCAGAUCCAAGCUGUGCCCGCGAAGCUGUCCGGGGAUCUCAAAGCAGCACUCCGAGAGGAAAUCAAGCAAGCGCUCUUGGAGUCGGACGAAAAAACUGUGAGCCAAUGCAUCCCGUCAAAGGAUCCGAGAGACAAGACUCCGUCAAGUGUGGAAACAAAAGAGAAGAAAGGAUCGAAUAGCAAGAGGAAGUCAGCAAGUGCGGAGGAGCAACGAUCUGACGAUUCCACGACCUUGGAUCUCUAUUCCCCAAGCGCAAAGGAGCUCAAGAAAAUGCGAGACAAGGUCCUCAGAGCUCGAAGGAGCAUUAAGAAACGAGUUUGACGAGAUCCUGGUACG